AACUCUAUCACGGCCAUCCCACAGUAUUAUUAUAGAGCGCGUGCAGUACAGACGACCUUUACGAAAAGUGAAUUAAAUUAAAUUUUAGCAAAUUUAAACAAAAUUAAAAAAACAACAACAAAAUGUACAGAAAAGUGAUAACAUUUGUGGUCCUUGUUGCUUUUGUCUCAUUGCCCAUAGCAAAUUCCUUGAAGUGCAAUACCUGCAAAAGUAUCGAAGAGUGCAAAAAACCCAGCUCAGUUCAAUGUGAUCAAGCGCAAGCCAAUAAUACCCGAGAUGCUUUGUUACAUGUCUAUAGCAACGUUGACAUUCUGAAUACCAAUCAGUUUUCCUGUUAUGUUGGUGUCUACAAUUCAGGCAACACUACCGUCUCGGAUGUUCGAGGCUGCAUAAAUCCCGGUACUGUUAACUGUAGCACUCCUCUGUUUAAUGGUAAUUGGACCAGACAUACCUGCAAUAUUUGCAACAGCGAUUUGUGCAAUAAGAAAAAUUCUGUUGGCACUAUUUCCUCAAGCCUUUUCUCCAUGAUUGGUCUCUUGGUUGUUGCCAAAGCAUUUUUAAAUUAAAUUCAGUUUAGUUACUAUACAAAUAAAUUAAAAUUAAUGUCCUAGUUGUUAUGUUUUUAAAUGUAUAUAAUUCGAAAUAAAAUAAGAAGUAAAGAAUUUUUAAUAAAA